AUGCGUUCGUACCUGCCCAGUUUGUCCCGCACGCGGCUGGCUCAUAUCGAGGUUGGCGUAAAGCUGGCGGCCAGCGUGGGCGACCUGGGCGAAUUGGACAUACGCGAACUGGACGACUCUGAGGACUGGCGCAACAGCUGGAAGCAGCAUUUCACGCUGCUGAAAGUGGGCAAGAAUCUGGUGGUUAAACCGUCGUGGGUGGACUACGAGCCGAUUGAGGGUGACGUGGUAAUUGACCUGGACCCGGGCCUGGCGUUUGGCACGGGUUACCAUCCGACGACCCACACGUGCCUGGAGGCGUUGGAGCAACUGGUAACCCCCGGGUGUACUGUUCUGGACGUUGGCACCGGCUCGGGGAUUCUCACGAUAGCCGCCGCCAAAUUGGGCGCUGGUCACAUUACGGCGGUUGAUAUUGAUGGUCACGCGGUGCGAGCGGCGCGCAAGAACUUCAAACGGACCAGGAUUCUGGACCGGGUGAACGCAGAGACCGGCAGCAUCCCCGGGGCGGCUACGCGCGGGCGAACAUACGACGUGGCCGUGGCCAACAUCAGCGCCCGGGGGGUCAGGAUCGUGUCCCCCGGGAUACCGGAGCUGCUGGCGCCCGGGGGUGUGUUCGUGGCCUCGGGUAUAAUCGUGGACCAGCACGAGGAUGCGGUUGCCGCCAUAUUAGCGGCGGGGUUGUCGGUGCGCGAAACCGUGCAACGCGAGGAUUGGGUUACUAUCUUCUGUCAUCUGCCCUGA